GCGAUGAGAAUUUAGUUAUACCGUAACUGUUGUCGAUAACAGACGUUAAAGUGCGGUCGGUGUCAAUGAGAGAGAGAGAGAGAGAGAGAGAGAGAAUAACUGUCAAAAGAGAACAUUGUUGAGAGGCAUAGAAAUAGGAAUUUUGUAAAGAACACAAAGUGAAGAGAUGUCUGUCAAAAGAAGUCGAGCUUCAGCCAAACAAAUCCAGUAUUUGGUUGAUUUCAUGGCGCACAAUAAAACAUUUGCCAGCGGAAAAUUUGCGAUAUUGCAUGGCAAACAUGCGAGCAAUAAGAAAUGGAACGAAUUGGCCACGGCACUCAAUGGUCUGGGAGGGGCAAAGAAAUCGGUAGCCCGAUGGCAUAUAGUAUGGAGAGAUCUGAAAAGUCGUAUCAGCCAGAAAUACAGAGAGAAAAAACGUGAACAGGCUUUAACAGGGAACAGAACAUUAACCGAUGAUCUCAUGACAGAUGUAGAGCUGAGAGUUGUGAAAAUUUUGGGUAAUUCUUGUAUGGAAGACGAUAACUUAGUACAGGAAAAUGUGGUGGUGAAAGAGGAACCGCAACUACAAUAUAUAGUAAACGAAAUCCCACAGAGUCCAAGUACACCAAUAGAGCAAGACCCUAGAGAAACUAGAAGGAGCGAGGAUAAAGAAGAAGUGCUAUCGAAAAUUUUGGAUAUUGUAAAUAAACAGGCUGAAUCGUUAAAGAACUUGACCGAGUGCAACGCAACUAAUGCUGAGAGCAUUAAAAUGAUGGCUCAAGCUGUGCAAACGAUGGGAGAGGGUUUCAAAGCCACUGCUGAAUCCUUGAAUAACAUAUCUAAGGCUCUUAAUAAUAUGUAUAAAUUUAAUUAAUAAUA